GACAUUGCCGUUUAUUAUUAACAUCAGUAAAAUUUGAAAAGGCAAUUUAAGGUGAAUUUGAUUACAGUUCACAAGUUACUAGUUUUAAGACUUAUUUGAUAUAAGUCAUUUUGUUUUGACUGCCGAUUAUCAGAUACGAAAUAUGAACUUGGUUCAUUUGAUAACAGUUACUGUUACUGUCUGGUAUUUCAAUUUUAUUUACAGGCAAACCCGUUUGUACGCAACCUUCCUGAAUAAUGAUGCCGUUAUGUAAGGUAUGAAACGAAAUGCAGCUAUUUUGAUUUCAUGUAUAUCGUCAAACUGUUCGAAAUUGUUCGAAAACAAAAAACAGUAAACAUAUUGUAUUGCAGUGAUGAUAUAUAUAGGGUUGGUACAAUGACAGAUUUUACUGUAUCGAAUUGAGUGAUAGCAUUGACUGAAAACUAAAUCGCGUUAUUCAAGGCUGAAUUGGAGAUGUGAACAGCCAAUGGAAUAAUCGAUGUUUAAACAUAGUGAAGAAAAUAGUGUUAAUAGCAGUCUAAAAAGUCUAAUAAAAAUGUGCUAGUAGCAGCUAACAAAACAGAAUCGGAUGAAAUACGGGUACUAAAAACGGGUAUUUAACGAACUUUACAUUUCAAGGAGACGGUCACACUUGAUUUACAAAAAAACUUCUCAGAGCUGACAUAAUAGACUGCAGUGACAAAAUGAUUUAUCUUUUGGUAUUUCUUGCGGCGAGUGUAUUUAUUUUAAUCAUAAGUUUGAUAUUUCACAAUCUAUCUAAACUCGAAAUUAAAAACUUGUCCAAGAGAUGUGUGUUUAUUACUGGAUGCGACACGGGCUUUGGGAACCUACUGGCACGGACUCUCGAUGCAAAAGGCGUUUUGGUAGUUGCCGGAUGUUUGACGGAGAAAGGAGCGCGAGAGCUGAAGAAUCAGACGUCUUCCCGCUUAAAAACUGUUAUAGUUGAUGUGACUGACCAGUCAUCGGUCAAGAAAGCGUGUGAAUUCACGUGUGAGCAAACGCCAGACAUAGGGAUUUGGGGUGUUGUGAAUAAUGCCGGAAUUAUGCCAUCUUACGCCCCUGCCGAAUGGACAACAUUAGAAGAGUAUGAGAGGGCGUGUAAGGUCAACCUAUUUGGAACAAUUUCCGUUACUCUGGCGUUUCUUCCAUAUUUACGACAAUCGCAAGGCAGAUUAGUUAAUGUAUGCAGCGUGACGUCAAAUUGCGGAUAUCCGGGCAUUUCAGAUUACGUCGUGUCCAAAGCUGGCAUCAAGAUGUUCACGUCCUGUUUACGACGAGAGCUAUUGCAUACAGGGGUUACUGCGCACACUAUCGAACCUGGAGGCUUUAAAACAAAUAUUACCGACAAGCACAGACUGUUUGAUAUAUUAUAUAAAGCUUAUUUGAGAGCGCAACCGGAUGCGCAGAAAUGUUAUGGUGGUAACAUAUCGAGAUACUUGAUUGGUGGAAUCUACAACACAGCAAAGUAUGUGAGUACUAAUCCUCAGAAAGUUGCCGACGCAAUGACGCAUGCGCUGUUGGCAAAAUAUCCGAACAACCGGUAUUUAAUCGGAAUGGAUGCACAUUUGUUUUUCCGGAUGCUGGCGGUUUUGCCCGAAAGAAUUUCUGACCUAAUAAUCGGAUGGAGUGCACCUUACGGACCUCUCUGUCAGGAAUUGAAGGAGGGGAAAAUGACUUUUUGAUGAAGAAUGGGUGCAGUAGGCAAAAUUAUAAGGAGCUACUCGUGUAUGUCUGUAAAAGUGGAGACUUGAACUUAAUACUGUUAUUGUUAUUUUUUUCUUUCAUUUCCAUACAUUCUGUUUUUGUAUAGAUAAUCAUACAACAUGGACAGUAUGGCUCUGGGAGGCGAUACAUUCUUCAGGGAUUACAUACACCAUCCACUCGUUACGACACAUGUAUUCGGUUAAUUUCGGUAUUUUCGUAUCAAUUAUAAUAUUUAUAAAGAAAGCAGUCUGUAGACAAAAGUUGUGUUGCUCCUUUUCUUGUAGACGAUUAUUGGAUCAUAGUAUCGAUAUUUACCCAAUUUUUAUGAACGAAUAAUUAAAUUUUCGUUAUCAGACAAUUCUUAACCGAAUUCAUGACAUUUACCAUUCAAUGAUUCAUAUGCAAUAUAUUCUAUAUUGUUUCAUUAUUUAUUUUCUGUAUCAAAUAAUAAAUUUAUAUAAAAAAAUAGAUAAUAUUUUAAAUGAAGGUUUACAAUUCUCAAAUAAUGGAAGGAAAACAAAUUUAGUCCUGAUUUUCCUUAAUUAACUUCAUGUGUCCAACAUGUCAUUACAACAACAACAUUCGGUGAUAAACCUUUGAAUAUAACUUAUA